CUUUUGGGUUCUCACUUCUCUCCCUCUACAGUUUCAGUCUCUCGUCUUCUGUUGUUUAUAUUUGUGAUUUGAUUCCUCAAUCAGAGUUCAUUUUAGCACACCAUGGGAAGCAAGCAUUCCAAAGGAACAACUGAUCGAGUGCCUUUUGCAGCUUUGCAGGAAGCAACUAACAACUUUGAUGUGAGUUUGAUCAUUGGAGUGGGUGCUUUUGGGAAGGUUUACAGGGGUGUUUUGUGUGAUGGCACAAAGGUGGCCCUGAAAAGGCGUAAGCCUAACUCCCGACAAGGUAUUGAAGAGGUCCGAACAGAAAUUGAGAUGCUCUCUCAGUUCUGCCAUCCCUAUUUGGUUUCAUUUAUUGGAUACUGUGAUGAAAAUAAUGAGAUGAUUCUAAUUUAUGAGUACAUGGAGAAUGGGAACCUCAGGAGCCAUUUGUAUGGCUCAGAUCUACGUCUACCCACGAUGAGCUGGGAGCAGAGGCUGGAGAUAUGCAUCGGGGCAGCCAGAGGUCUUCACUACCUUCAUACUAGGGGAGUUAUACAUCGUGAUGUCAAAUCUACAAGCAUAUUGCUUGAUGAGAAUUUUGUGCCAAAAAUUACUGAUUUUGGAGUAUACAAGAAUGGGUCUGAGCUUGAUACUGCCGACCUUAUAGGAACAAUGGGCUACGUUGUUGACCCUGAAUCUUUUGGAACCCGACAGCUGACAGAAAAGUCUAAUGUUUAUUCUUUCGGUGCUGUUUUAUUCGAAGUUCUUUGUGCUAGGCCUGCUGUAGAAAUACCUGGUUGGGAAGAUACGUUCAGUUUAGCUGAAUGGGCAAUGAAUUGGAUGAAGAAGGGACAACUGGAACGAAUCAUAGAUCCCAAUCUUCUGGGCAAAAUAAGACCAGAUUCCCUAAGAAAGUUUGGAGAAACAGCGGAGAAAUGCUUAGCUGAUUCUGGUGUAGAUAGGCCAUCUAUGGGUGAGAUGCUGUGGAAUUUGGAGUAUGCACUUCAUCUCCAAGAGCCUGUCAUGCAAGAAAACAGUAUCAUCCCUCUUGGCAAGCUAUCACCGCAAAUUAAUGAUUUCAGUCAUGUUGAUGCCAGUUGUAGUGCUGCUCAGAUCGGAACAUCAAAUUCGUAUUGUGAUCUCUCUAGUGAUGAGGUUAUAAGUCCAAGAUAACUAAGUGAAAAUGGUAAAUACCUUCUUUAGGUGUUUGUUGAUUCCACUUAGGUUCAUGAACCAUAUGAAUAUUUAUUUUUGGCUUUUGUAACAAUUUAUUUAACUAGGUUCUGAGUUGUAUAUAGAAAACAUGCAUUGGUCUACCUGUGGAUUUGAGGUGUCCGGUUGUUUUGCAUGUUGUGUAUUCUUAGAAAAAGUAAUGAAGUUUCAUGUCAAAUUCCAUCAUAA